UGCACUCUGUUUCCUCGCAACGCGGACCACACCUCACAGUGGACAGAACAAACAUUCGCAUCUUCGCAGCAACGCACAACAAACAAGCGAACGCCUCUCCUCAUCUCAACCGCGAUGGAGGACAUAUUCAAGAGUUUCUGCGCAUUUGGAAGCGGCAAAGAGUCGACAGCUCUGAUGGAUAACGCAAAGUUCGCGAAGUUUGCUCGCGACACAAAAAUCUUGGACAAAAAACUGACGUCAACAGACGUUGAUAUCAUAUUCAACAAGGUCAAAGGGAAAAGUGAAAGAAAGAUCACGUUUGAUCAGUUCAGAGAAGCGUUGAAGUUGUUGGCUGAGAAGAAGUAUCCUGGAGAUGCAGACGGAGCAAAGAAACUAGAAGAUUUUGUAUUGCAGGGAAAAGGGCCGACUGGCAACAAAACUACGAGUGGAGUGAAAACUGGCGGCGUCGAUCGGCUGACCGACACGUCCAAGUACACAGGAAGUCACAAACAACGAUUCGAUGAGUCAGGCAAAGGCAAAGGGCUCGAGGGACGGCAAGAUUUCGAUGAUAAAGCAGCAUCCGGCUACGUGGGAGGAUACAAGGGACAAGGAACAUACGACAGCAAGAAAUAGAUGAAACACAUCAAACACUCUAAUAUGUUUAUCUGUGUGACUGAUUAGUAGGCAGUGAGGCUGAGCACACUAACAGUAGUUCUACCCCAUACGGCAUUGUCAUGCAGCUUGUCACAAUAUAAAUAGUUAUAGUAUGCAUAAGCAGCCGA